AAUAACACGGGCAUAUUUAUACCUCCACUGAUAAACAGACUGCUGCUCCCACAAACAUGGUGGUUGUAGGCAACAGACGAAAAAGAAAAGACUGAGACUGCUGGGAACUUCAGGGCUCCAGGAAGGACCGCAGAUCCGAUCCGGCAGAACCUGAAACCGAUGACACCGAUCACAGCCGGAAUCAGACCACACGAAAUCGGCUCCUGAAUACAACACAGCAAACGACAGCGAGGGAGCAGAUCUUGGUGUGAGAAAGGAUAUCUGACGGGACAAAGGAGAGCAGUCAUGCCAGGCUCAGGAGGAGCAGACUCAAAGGGAGAAGAUUUCUCCACUGCCAUCCUAAAGCAGAAACACAGACCUAACAGACUCAUUGUGGACGAAGCUCUCAAUGAAGACAGCAGCAUUGUCAGCCUGUCACAGAAUAAGACAGAGGAGCUGCAGCUCUUCCGGGGGGACACGGUGGUGUUGAGAGGGAGGAAGCGUCGCGAGGCGGUGUGCAUUGUCCUGAAUGACGACUCCUGUGGACAUGGGAGAAUACGCAUGACUCGUGUGACGCGCAGCAACCUGCGUGUCCGGCUCGGUGAUGUCAUCAGUAUUCAUGCCUGCCCUGACAUCAAGUACGGGAAAAAGAUCCAUGUCCUCCCUAUAGAUGACACCAUCGCGGGCCUGACAGGAAACCUCUUUGACGUUUUCCUCAAACCGUAUUUUCUGGAGGCUUACCGGCCCAUACAUACAGGUGACAUCUUCUUGGUGCGGGGGAGCAUGCGGGGGGUGGAGUUCAAGGUGGUGGAGACUGACCCCAGCCCUCACUGCAUCGUUGCCCCAGACACUGUCAUCUACUGCGAGGGGGAGCCAAUCAAAAGGGAGGACGAGGAGGAGAGCCUAAAUGACAUCGGCUACGACGACAUCGGAGGCUGUCGGAAGCAGCUUGCCCAGAUCAAAGAGAUGGUGGAGCUUCCUCUGAGACACCCUGGCCUUUUCAAGGCUAUAGGAGUUAAGCCCCCCAGAGGUAUCCUGCUGUACGGCCCUGCAGGCACAGGGAAGACCCUGGUGGCCCGGGCUGUAGCCAAUGAAACUGGUGCCUUCUUCUUCCUCAUCAAUGGUCCUGAGAUCAUGAGUAAGCUGGCGGGAGAGUCAGAGAGCAACCUAAGAAAGGCGUUUGAGGAGGCAGAGAAAAACGCUCCCGCCAUCAUCUUUAUUGAUGAGCUGGAUGCCAUCGCUCCCAAGAGAGAGAAGACCCAUGGUGAAGUGGAGAGACGUAUAGUCUCUCAGCUCCUGACCCUGAUGGACGGCCUGAAGCAAAGAGCUCAUGUAGUUGUCAUGGCAGCUACAAACCGACCAAAUAGCGUGGACCCUGCUCUGAGACGCUUUGGCAGGUUUGACCGGGAGAUUGACAUUGGAAUCCCUGAUUCCACUGGCAGACUGGAGAUUCUGGAGAUUCACACCAAAAACAUGAAAUUGUCUGAUGACAUCGACCUGGAGAGGAUUGCCAAAGAUACCCACGGCCAUGUAGGCGCCGACAUGGCCGCUUUGUGCUCAGAAGCUGCUCUGCAGACAAUCCGCAAGAAGAUGACCCUCAUAGACCUGGAGGACGAAUCCAUUGACGCUGACCUGCUCAACUCGAUGUGUGUCUCCAUGGAUGACUUCCAGUGGGCUCUGAGUCAGAGCAACCCUUCAGCUCUGAGAGAAACCCUUGUAGAGGUGCCUCAGGUGAACUGGGCGGACGUCGGAGGACUGGACGAGGUCAAGAGAGAACUGCAAGAGCUUGUUCAGUACCCUGUUGAGUACCCGGAGAAGUUCCUGAAGUUUGGUAUGACUCCAUCUCGUGGAGUAUUGUUCUACGGCCCUCCGGGCUGUGGGAAAACCCUGCUGGCUAAGGCUAUCGCCAACGAGUGCCAGGCAAACUUUAUCUCCAUCAAAGGACCCGAGAUGCUCACCAUGUGGUUUGGAGAAUCAGAGGCAAAUGUCAGAGACGUGUUUGAUAAGGCCAGACAGGCAGCCCCCUGCAUCUUGUUUUUCGACGAGUUAGACUCCAUUGCCAAAUCCAGAGGAGGCGGAGGUGGAGAUGGAAGUGGUGCAGCUGACAGAGUCAUCAACCAGAUACUCACAGAGAUGGAUGGCAUGUCGGACAAAAAAAAUGUUUUCAUUAUCGGUGCCACAAACAGACCUGACAUCAUCGACUCUGCCAUCCUGCGGCCGGGCCGCUUAGACCAGCUCAUCUACAUCCCGCUCCCAGACAAACUAUCUCGCACAGCGAUCCUGAACGCCAACCUGCGCAAGUCCCCUGUCGCACGGGACGUGAACCUGGACUACCUGUCUGGCAUCACAGAGGGUUUCUCCGGAGCUGACCUGACAGAGAUCUGCCAGCGGGCCUGUAAGCUGGCCAUCCGUGAGGCCAUCGAGGCCGAGAUCAAGGCUGAGCGUCAGAGGCAGAACAAACCAGACAUCCCCAUGGAUGAGGACUCUGAUCCAGUCCCAGAGCUCAGAAAGGACCACUUUGAAGAGGCGAUGCGAUUUGCUCGUCGCUCUGUCAGUGACAAUGACAUCCGCAAGUAUGAAAUGUUUUCUCAAACUCUGCAGCAGAGCCGAGGUUUUGGAAACUUCAGGUUCCCCUCUGCUACUGGAGACCAGUCUGGAGGUCAGGGGUCAGGCUCCGGGUCAGGGGGGCCAAAUCUUUCCAGAGAGGAAGGCAAUGACGAUCUCUACCAGUGACAGAAAACUCAUCAUAUAGUUGAACAGCUGCUAAAUGUUUUCUUUUUCCACUGCUGAGCCUGGCUUCCUUAUAGGAGUGAUGCAUAAUGGGAGUGGAAAUAACAAGAUACAAAGGGAAAAUUGGGGAAAUCAUAGUUGUAAUAAUCAUAAAUAAUCUUUUUUAAAUACUUUUAGAAACAUUAAUGAAACAGGAAAUCAAAAAAACAUGUCUAUCUAGUGAUGAUGCUAUAAUAGUCAAUGUAAGAACCAAUAGACAUGUAAGCCAGUGAUAAAAGAAUAAAUGUGUCAAACAAAACAUCAGAGCUUUGGGGUUUCACACUGUAAUCUGUUUGCAAUAUGAAAGUUAUGUAAGUUGUGUUUAAAAUGUGAUGAAUAAAUAAAUUCAAAUGCCAUGCCUCGUAGGUUUAUCUUGGGAUACUGACCGCAGUUUUUUUGUACAGGUACGGUGCACGCUGGCUCACUGUCACACUGUCAUGGCUUACUGGGACACUUGAAUACAACCAUUGUUCAUUUUAUUGGUAAAUAACA